AUGUCCGACGAAGAACAAGUCACCAAGCCAUUCAAGUUCGUUACCGCCGGGUACGACGCUCGUUUCCCACAACAAAACCAGACUAAGCACUGCUGGCAAAACUAUGUUGAUUACCACAAGUGCAUCCUAGCCAAGGGAGAGGACUUCCAACCUUGCCGUCAGUUCUUCCAUGCAUACAGAUCUUUGUGCCCAAGCUCUUGGAUCAGCAAGUGGGAUGAUCAGCGUGAAGCCAACAUCUUCCCAGUUAUCCUCAACGACUCUUAA